ACCUUUCGCGAGAUCGUUAUGGGGGAGGGUCGUGAUCCUUUGGAACACACUAGUCUUUAUCAGAGAGCUGACAGCGAAGACAGCGAUACAGAGGGUGGUCUGGGCAACGUGAACAAGAUGGUAAUGCGACCACCGGGUCACAGUGGAAAAGCUAAGAAAGGACACAUCUGUUUCGAUGCCUCCUUCGAGACAGGGAACCUGGGCAGGGUGGAUCUUAUCUCAGAGUUCGAAUACGAUCUAUUCAUCAGACCGGACACCUGCAAUCCACGUCUUCGUCUGUGGUUCAAUUUCACCGUGGAUAACGUGAAGGCCGAGCAACGAGUAGUCUUCAACAUCGUCAACAUUUCCAGAAGUGCUAAUCUCUUUCGACACGGAAUGACACCGUUGGUGAAGAGCAGCAGCAAACCUAAGUGGCAGAGGAUUCCAAGGGACCAAGUGUUCUACUACAAGUCCGCGCAACACCAGAAUCACUAUGUCCUAAGCUUCGCCUUCUCCUUCGACCGCGAGGAGGACGUGUAUCAAUUUGCCCUGUCUUAUCCGUACUCGUACAGCCGAUACCUAGCGCACCUAGACAACCUCUGCACAAGGAUAACUUGCACAAAGAGAGAGACCCUAGCCACGUCUGUUCAGAAGAGGAAAAUCGAGCUAAUCACGAUAAGCUCGAACCUGGACGAUACUCGAGAUCGAUCCAGAAGAGUCGUAGUCGUUCUCGCCAGGAUUCAUCCGGGCGAAUCACCGUCUUCCUUCGUCUGCCAAGGUCUAAUGGACUUUCUGGUUAGCUCCCAUCCCAUCGCUCAAGUCCUGAGGAACUACGUCGUCUUCAAAGUAGUACCGAUGCUAAAUCCUGACGGCGUAUUUCUUGGCAAUUAUAGAUCCACGGCGAUAGGCGCAGAUUUGAACCGUUCUUGGAACAAAAUCUCUGAUUGGAUUCAUCCUGCUCUAGUGGCGAUCAAACCCAUGCUGAAGAACCUUGACAAAAGCAGCCGUACCCCUUUAGACUGCGUGCUGGAUUUGCAUGCUCAUACAAAUGCCACAGGGAUCUUUGUUUAUGGGAACACGUACGAUGAUGUGUACAGGUACGAGAGGCACAUCGUUUUGCCGAAGUUAUUGGCGCAACACGCCGAAGGUUAUGAAAUGGGACACACGAUGUACAAUCAGGAUCCACACAAGGCAGGGACCGCCCGUCGUUAUCUGUGCUCCAUUCUCAAGGAACACGUCAACUGUUACAGCAUCGAGGUAUCGAUGUACGGAUACAAUAGAAAAGCUACCACUGAAAUAUUCCCGUACACCGACGAAGGAUAUUACAGGGUAGGACGUAGUCUGGCCCGCGUUUUCUUAGAAUACUACAAAUUAAUGGGUAUUAUUCCUGCCGGCCUGCCUGAUCAACCUUCCGCCAAAAGAACGCGUCAAUCUCGGCCAAGGUAUCGGGUUCUUAGAGAACCAAGAAGAAAAACCUGCAGAACACCGGCUCCUAUGCAUCUCGCCAGUAUUCACGAGUAUUUCCAAGAGGAGACGGAGCUACCCGUGAGCGGUGGUUGCCGAUCGAUGAGCGGCACGCGGAUGAGCCAGCUUGGGACCGGAAGUGGAAGUGGAACGGGAACGGGCGUCGGCGGGUGCAGGAACCGGAGCUACAGGUUCCGGAGCCCCGGGGCACCGAUCGUCAGGGUGCAGCCCCUGUCUCGACAUCCAGCCGAGCCUCGGCUCACCAUUAUCGAUUUCAAUCAGCUGACGAGGGGCGGUUUGGAGCUGGCUACCAGCAAGAACAGAGCAAAGGUCGCUCGAAAAGCCGCUAAGCCGAGAAGAUAGCGAUCGUCUCGACUUGGACGUCAUCCCAUCGGAAGCAAUCGACGGUUGAAAUGCUUUUCAACAAAAGCUUUCGAGCUAUUUUCAUCGAAUUCGACUGGCCUCCUUUUCAAACGCGACUUGUGGAUACGAUCAUAAGGGUCAUUAAAUUUUCACCGAUACUUUCAGAUGUAAUUAAUUGAUCCUCAUCUAUCACAGAUU